GAAAUUCUUUUUCUUCUGUAUUAAUAACCAAAAGAAAAACUUAAACGCUUUUGAAAAUGUUUUCUUGAGAAACGUACCCCACUUCUCUCUCUCUCUCUCACUCUCACUCUUAUCUAUUACAAGAGCCAAAUAAUCAUCAAAUUCGACCUUUCCCUUUUACCGAUUUGUUAUCUUGGCUUACUUCAGUCCCUACUACAUUCAGAACUCUAUCUUUGUUUGUUUUGCUCUUCCUGUUCUUGCAUUGGGUGGUCACUACCAUUACCAGCAAUGGGUAGCUGUUUAAGCAGAAAAAGGGAGUCUUCUUCUUCUUCUUCUCUGGACUUAGCUGCUCCUGUCUCUGUUGCAGCAAAAGAAUCUAUACUUGCUACAUUCAAGUCGUUUGAUGCUAAUGAAGAAGUGAAAAUCAAGAAGAAGGUAGCUGAGGAAGAGAAGGACAAGAAAGAAGUAGUGGUAGAAGAAGAAAAUGCAGUCAAGAAAGAGAUUUUUUUUAUUAAACAUAGAAAGAGUCAUGAUAAAGACAGAGCAUUACCCUCCACUCCUACUGCUCAAAAGAAUAUGGCUUUGGCAGAAGACAGUGGUAAUAGCACCAACACUACUGAGUUGGGUACUAGUAGUAAUGUUAGUAAUUUGGUGGUGAGGACUUCAAGUUGCACUAAAGAAGAAGUAGAUGCUAUUCUUAUACAAUGUGGAAGGCUUAGCAGGAGUAAUUCCUCUGGAAAGGUUGCCUAUUCAGGUAGAAAGUACUCCGGUUCCAAGAGGAGUUAUGAUUUAGAUCAAGAUCAAGAUGUUGACCAUCAUCAGGUUGAUGCUGCUGCUGCUAAUUCCGAUGCAAGAAAAAGAGGAAAUGGCGGUUCGUAUUGCAAUGAUGAUGAAGAUGAUGAAAUGGGUGGCGCUGAGAGAAGGCAACAUAGACAACGCCAUCGCCAGUCUGGCAGGCCUUCUCCUUCUUCUUCACAAGGAAGGAGAAGGACACCAAGUAGAGAAAGAGACCAGCGAUCUGGUAGUAGAGAGAGAGGUAAUGGAACCAACAGUAGUGGGAGAAGAGUGAGUAGAUCGCCCGGUCGAAGAUCAGAAACAAACCCUAUUGCAAAUCCUUCCAAUGGUACUGGUAGUGACACUAGUAAUAAUAACAGGCCUGGCAAGAAGAUGGUCUCAGUUCCUGCAACUGUAUCUUCCUUGACAAUGGAUAAGAGCAACAUUGGGGUUGAACCUCAAGCAGCGAAUGGCGUUAAACGGAUCUCUGUGAAGAGAAAUGUUGGAGGUGGAGAGGCAGGUUCAAGAAGUGCCGCAUCCCCUCGUUCUCAAUCUCCAGCGAGAACGAAUGCUAAGGGUGGUGGCUCUAAUGAGAAUAAUCAGCAGCAGCCAUCUCUUAGUCGUAGCUCUUCGAGAAAAGCAGAACAAUCGCCUUAUAGACGAAACCCAUUGAGUGAAAUUGACACAAAUUCUCUUGUGUAUGCACAAGCAACUGGCAACAACACUACUGCCAAUAACAACAGCAACAGCAGAGCACAAACCAGAAACAAAGAACUUGAAGGAAAAUUGAUGGUAAAGGAAUCUGUCAAUGUACUAAAUCAGGCUCAGAUGCACAAGCCAAAUGCUGAGGCAAACAGCAAAAUUAAUGCUCAAGGGAGUAAUAAGGGAGUGAAAGAGCAAACUGUCACUGCGGAAGCCUCAGGAGCUGACUUGAAGCCUCAGACAGUAGCAAGAAGCAGGUCAGCAAGGAGAUCCCGAGAUCUAGACUUCAAUCCUGAAACUUCGUUGAAUCCGAAUCCAUCAUAUACUGCUCUAUUGCUUGAAGACAUACAGAAUUUUCAUCAAAAGAGCACAAACACGAACACAAACACCCCUUCAUUCUCAGUUCCAGCAUGUGUCACCAAAGCAUGCUCCAUUGUUGAAGCAGUUGCUGAUCUCAACUCAACUACAAGCUCCAAUCUUUCUUGUGCAUUUAGUGAUGAAAAAAGAAGCCCUACCACCGUGGUCAGUAAUCUUGUCGGGAAGAAACUAGAGGAGGGUAAAGACCCUUUUGUAGAAUCUGAAGUACUAGUCAAUGAUGAUCUAAUGGAGCCAAGUUUCCAUAAGUAUGUAACGGUGAGAAGAGGAGGCAACGGCAAGGGAACAUCGAGUGUAGAAGAUAUGGAUGGUCAAGAAUCUUCGGGGAGUAACAGCUUUGUUGGUAGUAGCCAACAGCACUGGGGAUACUCUACCUCUUCUUGGGAACCAAAUUCAGCUGACUCAACUGAUCGAUGGACAUCACGAUCAAACACCAGAGAUGAGGAAGAGAAGAGCCCACUUGGAUUUCAGAAACAUACAUCAUCUGAAUCAGGCCGUGACAUGGAAGAGGCAAGAAGAGGAUUUAGUGGACAGAGAAAUGGAAUUGGUCGUGGAAGAGUUGGUUCUAGCAAAAAUCUCAACUCAACUCCUAUUGUUGCAGCUGCUUCAACAUAAAAGGGCUAAUGAGUUUUACAACCCCCACACCACGCCUCCCCCCCACCCCACCUUCUCGCUGUAGUGUUUCAUCCACUGAUGAAUUUGUUGUUUUUCAAGUAUGUAAAACAUUUAGUUUGUUUUGAUGGGUUGCAAAAGACUUUGCAACUUCUUUUUUUUAUUGUUCUUUUCGUACUUAUUGGUGGCCAUGAUAUCAUUUGCUCAAAGGAGAUCUAUUAUAGCAUAAUUUCAUUUUA